AUGUCUCCCGAGUAUGCUAUGGAUGGGACAUUUUAUGAGAAAUCUGAUGUUCAUAGCUUUGGAGUAUUGCUAUUGGAGAUUAUUAGCAGCAAGAAGAACACAAGUUUAGAUUACCCCGGGCAGCAUCUUAAUCUCCUUGCUUAUGCUUGGCACUUGUGGUGUGAAGGGAGAGGAUUGGACCUGAUGGAUGCAGCCAUUGCUAACGCAUUUUCGGCAUUAGAAGUAAUGAGAUGUAUUCAGGUAGGGCUUCUCUGUACGCAAGACCACGCCAUAGAUAGACCCAACAUGUCAGCCGUAGUUCUAAUGCUGAAUGGGGAGUCCGAACUUUCACAACCGAAGCAGCCAGCAUAUACAUUUCAAAGGCUGUUGGCUCACCAAGUCCAAUCACAAGAAGGAAGCAUCCAGUCCAUGAAUACCAUCACCAUUACUACAGUUGAAGGAAGAUAAAAUUCUCAAAUGCAUUUUCACUAUCAAUUCAUCUUUUCAAGGAUUCAAUGUUCACCAAAUUAAACGGCUUGAAUAUGCAAUGUUUUGUGGCACUUUUAUGUGUAUAUAUGAUGUAAACAUAGAGAUCGUGAGGAAAACUGAAUUGCUAGCUCUCUAGUAGGAUAGUUUAUGCUGGCAAGGUCUCACAAAAGUUCACAACAUUUGUGUGCAUGGGGAUUUCUUACCCUUCUGCAUAUAGAAGUGUUCAGUUGUGCUGUUGAAGCUAGUUUCAA